AUGUCAGAAGGAGUUUCUUCCAAGACGGACACAGUCACAAACACCAAAUGGAUCUUGAAACGACGACCUCAAGGAGCUUUUGAUCCCGAAAAGGACGCUGGAAUGGUAUCCGAAGAAAUGCACAUGGCCACAUCCUGUGGGGACGACGAAAUUGUGAUCGAAGUAGACACCCUUUCCGUGGAUGCUUUUAUCCGAACCAUGCUCGAUGAAGAAGCCUACCAUGGCGCAAUCGAUUUAGGAAAAACCAUUCCCGCACUUGGUUACGGCAAGGUGGUAUACUCUGGAAAGAAUGCCAACAAAAAGGUCGGCUCUACAGUCCAGUGCAUGAUGGGUGCCCAGAGAUUUGCUACCGUCAAGGCCUCUGACGCAUUCCCAAAAAUGGAUUUGCCAAGGAUGAGUUCCACAGCAUCCUUAGGAUUGCUGGGUGUGACGACUGGAUUCACUGCCUAUGCCGGCAUCUUCUAUGUUUGCAAACCACCGAAAAAGGGAGACACCGUAGUGAUCACUGCUGCAGCGGGAGCCGUGGGCUCGGUCGCGGUGCAACUGGCCAAGAGCACAGGUGCCAGAGUUAUUGGUAUUGCGGGAGGCCCCCGCAAGAAUCAAUAUUUGAUAGACGACUUGCAAUUGGAUGGAUCCGUGGACUACAAGGAUUCCACCAAGACGGUGGCGCAACAACUAGAGGAGACCUGCCCCAAUGGCAUUGAUUUCAUUUACGACAAUGUUGGUGGACAAAUUUUGGACGAUAUGUUGCUCAAGAUUAAUCCAAAUGCACGUGUGGUCAUUUGUGGUGCCGUUUCCCAAUACAACUCUGGCAAGCUAAACAAGGGACUUGUCCAAGGUCCUUCGAACUACCUCAAACUGGCCGAACGCGGUGCUACCAUGAAGGGAUUCAAUGUCAUGCAGUACUUGCACAAGCUACCAUUCAUGCUAUUUGGAAUGUUCUGGUUGAAUCUACGGGGGAAGGUAACCAUGAACGAACAUAUCGAAACAGGCAUUGAGUCAUUUCCAAAGGCAUUGAAUCAUCUAUUCACUGGAGCGUCCAUUGGAAAAUGCCUUGUUGCUGUUAAAAGCGGAAACACUACUGCUGACAAGAAGAAAGACUAA